AUGUUACAGAAGGAGGCCGUGGAAUUGCUGGCGGGGUGCUUCGCGCCCCAGCGGUCGGCCCCGCUGGGGGCCUGUGUCACCUCCAACCAACCUUCCCGCGAGCUGGAGCCCCGAGACGAGCCAUGCGCCAAGGAGCUCGAGGUCGAAGGUUCCAACAUUCACCCCGUCCUGCAACUGGGGUGGGCCCCCCUCUGCACGGUGGUCUGCAAUGGCCUCUAUGGCGAGUUCCUGGGCGGCCAUGACAAGGACCUCUACAUCCGCUGCAUCUCAUCCGGGUACGAAGACCUGCCCGACACCGACAUUGGCACGGGUGGGCGCAUCAUGACGUGCAGCCAGUUUGAGCGGGUGGCCGGCAGGGAGCUCAGCAAGAAGUGGAAGGAGUCGAUCCACGUGGUGGGCUGCGGCGAGGGCUCCCGCGCCACGCUCCUGUCUUGGCUCAAGUGCGCGGCCGAGGCGCGCUUCGGCGCCGGCGUGGUGGGCGAGGACGUGUGCGUCUGCUGGACCAGCGACGGCAAGCUGCAUCGCGGCCGCAUCACGGGGUACAGCCGCGACUCUGGAAAGCACCGUGUGGCCUACAGCGAGAAGGCGGCCAAGCGCGCGCGCACCGGCUACGGCGCGAGGCCGGAGGAGGACGCCGAGGAGCGGCCCGGUUGGUCGCCGGAGCCGGCGACGACCCCAGACAGGGGCCACGCGCUGCCAGCGCCGCCGGCGCUGCAGCUCCGCGGCAGGGAUGAGGCGGGCGUCAUGUGCGCCUGGAUGCACCGCCUGGCGGUGGUGCUGGAGCGGGCAGCGGAGGGCUCGGGGAGGAAGGGGCCGUCAGUGCCCGCCGCGUUCCAGGCACUGCUGGCGCUCAGCGCGCAUAGCGAGCGGGUGGUGCGGGGCCUCUUCGAGGCCUUGCUGGCCAGGCUCCAGGGCUGCGCAGACCAGACGCUGGAAAGCACGGCCAGGCAGCUGCUGGGCAUCAUGGAGGCCGCCGUGCAGCUGGAGAUGGCGGGGCGGGGGAGGUGA